AUGGCUCAUUUGGAAGGGCUCCUGCCCAGGGGUCAUAGGUAUUGCAGUGUUAUGCCAGCUCUGGACAAGUUCUCAUGCUCUAGCACUGCUACCCCCUGCCCCUGCUGCACGAGCUCUUUCGUAGUGCAUCCUGCCUGGAUCACUGAGCCCCUCAGUCCCCAGAGGUGCCAAUGGAGUAGCUGCUGCCUCCCCUCUCCUGGCCCAGCGUGGAAGAGGCUGAACAUCUCAGGGCUAUCAGUGGGCUUAGGCAGCAAUGUCCCUGUGCUGGUGAGAAGGGAGCAAGAUGGAUUUUAUUAUCAUGGCACAAUUAAAGAGGAGAUAGAGCAGAGUGAAAGAGGUAUGUUCCUGGUAGAGUUUGCCAAACCGCUUGUGUCACGUGGAAGUCACACUUUGUGUGUGCAAAAAACAGCAAAGGAUGAUAUCCUGGAAUACGUGAAUGGGAUGAAGCACUCCUUGCUCCCUGGAGACAAAGUGCUGGCACCCUGGGAGCCAGAUAUGGCUAGGUAUGGCCCAGGAACCAUCCUCACGGGCAUUGAGACAAGGGACCCCUUACGAGCCUCAGAAGAUGAAGAAAUUAUGGUCCAGUUCUGGAAUGACAAGAAAGUGAAACUCCCACGGGGUGUGGCUCUGUGGAUCCCACCUAGCCUGUGGGAAAGGAUUGUAGAGAUGAUCCACAUGCCCUUCACCAGCAGGGUGAAGCCUAGAGGAACUCCAGAUGCUAACUCUUGUGUUUCUUCCUGUAGUCCAAAACCAGCCCUGAUUCCUGCUUGUACUAUACAUAGCCUUCCCAAGCACUGCUUGCUCUGUUCCCCAUGCUGGCCACACUUGCACUAUCACUGUGGUUGUAUAUGCUGUUUGUCAGCAUAUGUAAGGUGCAUCUGCUACUGCCAUUCCCAUGUUGAUGCCUGGUGGCCUCUUCCAUCCAGGUCUCUGGUUUUUCAAAGCAAAACCAAAGAGACAGAGUCCAGCAGUGAGCCCUCUCCAUGCCUUCUAGAACUGCAAGGCCCAAAACAAGAAGAAGCAGAAGCUGUGGCAGUCUCUUCCCCAUCUUCUGAUUUAGAGUGGGACCUGGAGCCUUUCCCCACUAAGAGUACUGUGGUGGACAGUGCUGUUAACACAAGCUCCAGCUGCCUUGAGAUGUCUCAGCUAAAGGAUUCUGCAAGACCUGGAUGGAAAUACUGGAAAAGAAGCGACCACAAGUCCCAACCCAGUAAUUCAGCUUUUCUUUUAGCAACUCAUGCAACAGAGAACUGCCCGAACAAUUAAUUUCAUUUGGAAGCAGGACUUGGCAGUUGCAGCAGCACAGGUAGAAAAGGCAAGCUGGAAUACAAAGCCAUCUCUGCUGGGGACAUGUCCCAUGUUGCCCCAACUAAUUGGAGCACAAUGUUUAAAACCAUCAAGCAGUCUCCCCAAAGGCAUCUCACAAGGAAAGAAAUCUUAAGAGAACAGAAAUCCAAUCCUUCGUUGGAGGAAGCAAAGAGUUUAACCCUGAAGCUAGGAGACAGAGAAGAAGAUUUUGCAGUAGCAAAAAACCAAAGAUAUAAGAUAGCAAGAAAGAAAACGAAGUCAAAUGAUAAACAUAAAGGGACUUGCAUGGGAGAGAAUGAACUUGGCAAUACAGACCACGUAGAGAGAAAGAACAACAGCAAAGAGCUCUCUUGCAACAAGACAGAGAGAGACACGAUCAACCACAAUUCAAUAAACAUACAACUGAUGAAGUUCAGGAGCUGA